CGCCCCUCUUCUUAUCGUGUGACCUCGCCCACCCAUCCAUCCCCAGCUGAAGCUGAAGCCACGACUGCCACCGCGGCGCGAGCCUUCCCCUCCUCCCGCUCGUAGCAGCCGGCCAAAGGAGAGGUCAGUGGGAGAGUGCGAUCGAUAGAGAGAGGAAAACGAUCCCAGAAACCAUAAAAAACGAGCGAAAAAUCAGAGCGAAACCGAGGCGCGCGUGAGAGAGUCUCCAAAGCCUAUCUCUCCGACCCCUCCCUGCCGCAGCCUCUCGUUACGUCCACUCCUCCCCCGCCGCCGUCAAACCACGCGGCGGCCGCGUGCGUGUGCUCUGCCUCUGCUCCCCGGUUUGGCGUCUCCUUCCUCCGACCCUCCUGUGCUCGAGCUGCUAGCUGCUCCCCAUCUCCCACCACGAGGUUAAAAAAAAGGAGAGGAAAAAAAAUCUAACAAGCCACGAAAUAUAAACACGCACGCACGCGCGCUAGUACAAGGGUAGCUGCAGCAGCAAGUACGACGUAGAAGCUAGCGCCGUCACUCGUGGUGCGUUCCCUUUUUGUGGUAACCUGCAGCUGCACCACCUGAGACAGGUAGCUUAGCUAGCUGGGAGUGUCACUUGCGGGGGACCAGCAGCCGGGAGGCAUGGCACUGACAGUGUUCGAGACCAGCGAGCAGCAGCAGCAGCUCCUCCCGUGCCAGCAGGCCGUGGAGCAGGGCGGCGACGGAGGCAAGGCGGCGGCGGCUGGCGCCGAGAAGGCUGCCGCGAUGCUCAAGGAGACGGACCGCGGCGGCGACGGCGACCGCCCGGAGAGGGCCGACGUGUGGAACAUGAUCCAGGCGCAGAAGCCGCCGUCCGCGCCCAAGCAGGCGCAGGCGCCGUACGUGCACCCGCUCGUGCGCCGCUCGUCCAGCCUGCUCACCCAGAAGAGCCUGGAGAUCUGCACCGAGAGCCUCGGCUCCGAGACCGGCUCCGACGGCUUCUCCGACGCCGACGGCUCCAGCACCGACCGCUCCUGCCCGGGCUCCGACGACGAGCGCGAGGAGGAGGCGGUAGCACCGCGCGCGACACCGCCCAGGGCGUUCCCGCCGCCGCUGCCCUCGCUGGCGCGGCGCAAGGUGGAGGCCACGAUGGAGAUGAGGCAGGAGCGCCAGGACGGCCGCCUGCUCGUCAGGGUCGUCCCGGUGACCUCGUCCACCCUGUUCCGCGCCCAGCGCCGCGGCGGGCGCCUGCUCCUGUCGUUCGCUGACACGGCCGCCCCCGCCUCGGACGAGCUGGACGGGAGCCGCGGGAAGUUGGAGCCCGAGCAGCAGGCCGACGAGCACGAUGCCCACGAGGAGGAAGACGAGGACGAGGAAGACGACGAGGAGGAGGUCGAGGUCGUGGACAGGGGAACUGUCGUGGAGUUCAAGGUGAGCACGCAGCCGCAGGCGCGCAGCGGGAGCGGCCCGCGCGUGCGCCGCUCCUCGCUCGUCAUCAACAAGUUCGUGGGCGCCGAGCCGGCGGCCACCUGCGACAUCAACGGCGCCGCCGCCCGCGCCGCGCCGCCCAGGCCCCCCAGGCGCUUCACCGGGUCCACCACCACGGCGGUCGCGGCGCUGGCCGCGGCCUCGGUCCUGAGCGCGACAGCGCCGCCGCCGGGCAAUGGCGAGGACGCCGUCCCCGGCGCCACCUGCGGCGAGAACAAGCUCCUGAUGACGGCCAAGCGGCGCAGCAGCAAGGAGGAGCUGCUGAACCACAUGCGCCGGUGCAACCAGCUGCGCGGGCAGCUCUUCUUCUGGGAGCCGCGCAUCGCCACCUCCUCCUGAACCAGAACCCCGGCCGGCCGCCGCCGCUCCUCCCAUUGAUGCUUCAACGAGUGGUGCUCUGUUUGUCUGCCGCAGGUGUAACGUACGUACGUAACGUAAUGCUGCUCUUGUUAAUUAGUAGUAAGUGAAGAUCGUCGUCACGUGAUUGGCUUAGCCGUGUGUCUUGUGUGUGAGAGAGGUGAGCUAUGGAGAUGGAGAGAGCUAUUAGCCCCCAUUGGUUUGGCAUGUCACCUUGCGUGCCCUGCCUGUUGUAUCUACUACUACUACUACCAUUCACGUUCCUGCUAGGCUGCUACUACUACUACCAGUGACCGUUGUUCAUGACUGA